AUGGCAUUACGAACAUCAGAAUACACCAUUGGUGGAGUGAAAAUUAUCUUCCCUUGUAAGGCUUACCCAUCACAACUUGCUAUGAUGAAUGCAAUUGUGAAGGGGCUGAGCUCCAAGCAACACUGCCUGCUGGAGAGUCCCACUGGAAGUGGAAAGAGCUUGGCACUGCUCUGCUCUGCGCUGGCCUGGCAGCAGUCCCUCUAUGAUAAACCGCUGGAUGACUUAUGCUCAAAAGAAUGCAAGAAGACUGAGGCUUUGAAACCGUGCCACUGCCCAUGCCACGCUAAAUCGUCCGAAAGCCUCUCACGAACGACCUUGGCUUCAAAACUGUCUGCCAAACAGCAAGCCUCAUCCCAUGAAGAAGAUGACAGCGACAACGAUUUCAAAGUAGAAAAGAAGAGGAUUCGUUCACUCGAAGCAGAGCACCAGGGGAGAAAACGAUAUCGGCUGGCCACAGGAACCCAGCUGGUGGAUGCUUUGGAAGUUCACGAACAGCGGAAAAAUGGGGAAUUGACUGUGACUCUUGGAAAAACCGUGGUAAACCACAGUCCUCCCACUCCCUGCACCAAGUGUUCUUGCUUCGACCUUGAGCAAAACACCAAAAAUGCUGCCGAGGCUAAGAAGGAGAAUGGAGGGAAGUUGCCGAUCCCCAAAAUAUUUUUCGGCACCCGAACUCACAAGCAAAUAGCUCAGAUUGUGAAGGAGCUGCACCGGACUCGCUACUCAAGCGUUCGCAUGACCAUUCUGUCAAGUAGGGAGUAUUCCUGCGUCCAUCCACGGGUCUCCCGAGGGAGCAACAAGAAUGAAAAGUGCUCAGAGUUGCUGGAAGGAAAAGAGGGCGUGUCUUGUUCUUUUUAUCACGGAGCCCAUAGGCUGACCGAGCGUCUCUCGAUACCGUCGGCAGAUAGAAAACAUCAGACUUGGGAUCUGGAAGAAUUGGUGCGCUUGGGAAAGAAACUCCGAUCCUGCGCCUACUUUGCCGCUCGCGAGCUAAUGGCGUAUGCCGAGAUUGUGUUCUGUCCAUACAACUACCUUUUGGACUCUCAGAUAAGAGAAAGCAUGGAAAUUGAGCUGAAAGGUCAGGUGCUGAUUUUAGACGAAGCUCAUAAUAUUGAGGACUGUGCACGGGAGUCGGCCAGCUAUAACGUGACGGAGGAACAGCUCAUAUUGGCACGAGAGGAGCUGGACGCGAUGGUGAACAACCACAUUAGGUCGAACGACCACGAGCCUUUGCGUGCUGUGUGCUACAGUCUGACAAAUUGGUUAAGGGUUGCCUGCAGUCAGCUGAUCCAGAGCGGUUAUGAGACCUCAAGCAAAGUCUGGAGCGGAAGUCAAAUGGUGGCCAUUUUGCAUGAAAUGGGAAUUACAGUGGCCUUAUUUCCCCUUUUACAGAAACAUCUUCACACUGUGCUUGAAAAGGAAGAAAAGUUUUCUGGGUUAGACCAACCGGUUUCCAUUCCAGUUAUAAGUCCUUCGACUCAAUUUAUCCUAAAAGGUCUCUUUAUGGUCAUCCACUAUCUUUUCAAAGAAAACCACAGAUUUGCCGACGAUUACCGAAUUGCCCUGCAGCAAACUUUCAUCUGGAUGAAUGAAAACCCACCUGAGAUUCUGGAUAAAGACGGUUUCUUGGCCCGUCCUCGGAAAAGAUCACGACGUAAAACGGCCGUAAACAGACUCAACUUCUGGUGCUUGAAUCCAGCUGUGGCCUUCUCCAAUUUAAGCAGUGUGGUCAGAUCCAUCGUUUUAACCUCGGGAACGCUUUCUCCAAUGGAUUCCUUUUCAUCCGAGCUCGGGGUGAACUUCUCCAUUCAGCUUGAAGCGAACCAUGUCAUUAGAAAUUCACAGGUCUGGGUCGGUACCAUUGGAGCCGGCCCGAAACACAGGGAGUUACGGGCAACUUUCCAGCACACGGAAACGUUUGAGUUUCAAGAUGAAGUCGGUGAGCUCUUGCUGUCAGUCUGUCGGACGGUACAACGUGGGGUUUUGUGCUUUUUGCCCUCUUACAAGAUGUUAGAUAAAUUGAAGGACCGCUGGCUGCACACCAGUUUGUGGGAGAAGCUGGAGCUGAUCAAAACAGUCCUUGUGGAACCCAAAGGAGGCGACAAAUCUGAUUUUGAUGAGCUGCUUCAAAUAUACUCCGAUGCCAUCAAGUCUCAGAAUGGCAGAGACGGAGCGCUGCUUAUAGCUGUGUGCAGAGGCAAAGUCAGCGAAGGGCUGGAUUUCUCCGAUGACAACGCCCGGGCGGUUCUCACCAUUGGCAUUCCAUUUCCAAACUUGAAAGAUCUUCAGGUGGAACUGAAAAGGAAAUACAACGAUCAACACUCAAAAGCCAGGGGUCUUCUGACAGGAAGCCAGUGGUACGAAAUCCAGGCCUACAGGGCUCUGAACCAAGCCCUUGGCAGGUGCAUUCGUCACCGAAACGAUUGGGGGGCCCUUAUUUUAGUUGAUGAUCGUUUUGGAAAGAACCCCAGUAAAUACACAGCUGGGUUGUCUAAAUGGAUUCGGCAGCAGAUCCAGCACUACAAAGACUUCGAUUGCGCCCUCGGUUCCUUGGAUGCAUUUGCUCAAAUGAACCAGAAUGGCGCUGGAGCUGCACUUCCGGAUAACAACAGCUCUCUUCUCAAGUCUACAAAUCCAAAGACUCUGACACCCCUUUCUCCUCCAGAGGAACCUCUUUCUUUAUCCCCAGGAGCUCUUGGUGAAAAGGAAACACAAGAUUCAGCUCUGGAAACAGACCGCAUCACAACUCACCCAACCACAUCCGAUUCUCCAUCCUCUUACCAGACCAUAAAACAAAAUAAAUUUACAGAUUCCAGCCCCAAGGCUUCGCCUGUUGAAAACAGGAGGGGGAAAGCGAACGGUCAGUUCUCUGCCGGCAGCAUAAAAAGUUGCUUCACCAAAAUGCUGAAUUCAACGCCAACGGUAAAGAAGAAUUACGUCUUCAAGGCUACCGGACAAACAGAAAGAGCAAUGGGGGAAAAGAGUCCAUCCGUUGCCUGUGGACCUCAGCGGAAUACAUUCUGGGUUGAAGAAGACCAACCAAUAAGACAAUUGGCAGACGGGGAAAUGGUUAGCAGUUCUCCGAGAACAAAGAUUGGCUUGGUGCCUGAGAAAUGUCCCCAUGAAAGCCAGCAGACUGGACAUAAAGACAUGGAGGAGGUAGCGUCUUCUCCAAGGAGAGCAAACUUAGAACUUUCCAGGUCAGACCUAGGUGUCGAAACUGACGCAGGAGAUGACAGGCUCUGUUUUACGCCUGAACUGUAUGAUGACGAAGAGUUGGUGGAAGAGAAGAACGAAGGCUCGAUUCACCGUCACAACAGUACUUUGGCUUCCUUUGAAACCGCAAACACCGUUCUGCUGGAAGAACUUUGUCCACCCAACGCUCAGAAGCCCGGAGAUGCCACCUCCGGGUUUAAAGGUGAAGCAGGAGCGGACGCAGAGUGGUGGGGGAUCAUGGAAGACAGUCAGAAUAACAGAAGUGCCAUUGAGGCAGCUGGGCAUAAUGUUGGCCUAGAGGAAGAGGCAAAGGAUAAGGAAAACCAGCUUCCUGGAUCACGGAUCAAAGGUGUUGACGAAUGA